AUGUCUACAUCUAGCAAUAUUUCGCAGUCUGCUUAUUCCCCUUCAGAACCAGAAACGCCUCAAAACACAACUCAAAACAGAAUACAAAAUUUUGACCAUGAUUGCAAUGAAGAUUCUGAUGAUGAAUUCAAAGAAAAUUUUCUUGCAGAAGAACUUGUCGAUUUAGAAAUAAUAGGUAAACAUGAAGACAAAGCUAUUAAAACAGUUGAAAUUCCUCAAAUACCAAAUGAUGCCAUUUGCUUCCAAAGAACAGGUGUGAUUACAUUUAAGGAUGAUAACUAUGUUUUAAUUGAUGGAAUGUUAUACUUUGAUACAACUGUCUGCUCCCAUAAUUUACAUGUUAAUGAUCAGGUCUUAUAUUUAGGUUAUAAAGAUUUAAAUGAGUCUAUAAUUGUUGUUCGAAUAUUGGAAAAUAAAGGUUUGUUUUGGGGUGAAGAUGUAGAUUCAGAAGAAAACAAAUUUCGUGUUAUUGAACACAUUCUGAUUGGUGAAGUUCACUAUAGAGAGGCCAGAUAUGUAUUCAUUAAAGAAUCCGACUUAAAAUUCAAUCUAGAUAAUGUGGAAGGAACAUUUGUACCUGUCAAAGGGGAUUGGCUGGAACUGAAAUGUACAGUUCAAUUAGAUGAGGACAAGCCAUCAGAUAUUUCUAUGGAACAGGUGCUAUCAGUGGUAUCUUUCAAACCAUUAAGGAGCAAAGUUGUAAGUGCAAACAUUAAUUAUUGGACUGGAACAUAUGGUGUAUGUAAUAGGAUAAUAUAUUUUGAUAAAAAUUGUAUAUUAAAUGGAUUCGAACCUCUCAUGGGAUCUAAAGUUAUGGUGGAAGCCAUAGAAAGUAACCAAGGCUUGUGCACAUGGAGGGCUAUUAAAAUGAUAGAAGCUCAAAAAUCCCCUAGUGAUAUUAUCCAACUUGAAACCAAUGAUGAUGCAACAAGUAUACAGGUUGAAAAACAAAAGAAUAUUGAGAUGACCAAUCCUCUGAAAUUUGAAAAUUUACAUUUUAAGCAAACCUCUAAAAUAACAUUAAAUGUUACAAAUAAAAGUAAUGACAUGUAUAUUUUAAAUAAGUGGAUUGUGACAAGUAAAAAAAGAGAUUCUCAAAUUAAAAUCGAACCAUUUUUAACUGAUCCUGUGCGACUUUAUCCUGGGCAAACCAUUCAUUUUACGAUAACAUGCUAUCCAAAAUUUUUGGGGAAAGCAAAAGAAUGCUUAGUCAUGUUAUUUCGAGGUUUCCAGGUCAAAAGAUUUAUUGAAAUAAAUGUCAUAGAGGAACAGCUACAAUUCAAUAAUAAUGUCAGUCUUCGUGGGGUUACUUAUAAAACUCAUAGUGAAAAGGUUGAAAACAUGAAAAAAAUAAGACAGAAUGACAUAACAUUCAUACCUGGGGAGAGACCUGUUAAACCACCAGCAUUUGUCCCAGUAAAACUUGGCGUUUUUCCAGUUCCAGAAAGAAUAUGGGAUGUUGUUCUAGGUGAUUCUGAGCAAACAAUGUAUAGUAACGAUUAUGACAAAAUAAUUGAACGAAUAGAAACAAAUUUUCCUUGUUUAUCAAGACCAUUGAACAUUGCCAAUUAUAUUGAUAAAUGGCAUACUUUAAUGUAUAUGGAAGAGAUACAAACAAAUAUAAGCAUGAGAGCAUAUGACAUGCCGAAAGUGUUUCUCAUUAGAUGCCAAGACUAUCUAUGUGUUGAAAUAAAUGGCCUGUCCGAGAGAAGACCGUCAUUAGUUAAAGGGGAUAGAGCUAUUGUAAAAGAUUUAUGGGUUACUAACUCUCCUCAGUAUGAGGGUUAUAUUCAUGAAAUUAAAGGUGAUUUAGUUCUAAUGAAGUUUAAUCGUCAAUUUCACGAAUCAUACAAUGGUAGUGAUGUUUCAGUAGAAUUUCAUUUUAAUAGAUCAGUAUUUAGGCGAUCACAUCAAGCUAUCAACUACGCGAUUUCCCAUUUGGGUCCCGAUAUUCUGUUUCCGUCUCGUGUCAUGUUACGAGAACCUCAAGUAUCCAAAGAAAAACUAUCAACAACGCAUUGGUAUAACAAAGACUUGAAUGAAGGUCAAAAGGCUGCUGUUACAAAUAUAUUAUUAGGAGAAUGUCGCCCAAUGGCGUACUGUAUUUUUGGCCCGCCUGGAACUGGCAAAACAAUUACAGUUAUAGAGGUGAUAUUGCAAAUAUUGACUCUUAUACCAGAGAGUAGAAUUCUUGUGGCAACUCCUUCUAACAGUGCAUCAAAUUUAGUGACAGAGAGACUGAUACAAUACAGGAAUGAAUUUGAUGGCUCGAUUGUGAGGCUUAUUGCUAAUUAUUUAGUUGAUUCUGAGAAUAUACCAGAUACUAUAAAGCCUUAUUGCGCAACACUCGAUAUUGCCAAAGAAGAAACGACAAAGUCUAAACAUGCAAUAAGGAAUGGGAUAAAUAUAGAUUGCCGAAAAUCAUUUAUUGGUAGGCAUCGUGUCACUAUUGGAACAUGUUAUUGUCUUGGUUCAUUGGCUCAAAUUGGAUUGCCCAAAGGUCAUUUUACGCAUAUUAUAGUAGAUGAAGCAGGACAGGCAACGGAGCCUGAAAUUAUGAUUCCAAUGACUUUCAUUGACAAAGAUAAUGGCCAAAUUAUUCUAGCAGGUGAUCCAAUGCAAUUAGGGCCUGUGGUGAUGUCAAAAUAUUGUAAAGAGUAUGGUAUGGAGGAAUCAUAUAUGUCUAGGAUUUUAGAAUGUUUCCCUUAUCAGAAAGACUAUGAUGCAUUUAAAAAUGGUUAUGAUAACAGACUUAUAACAAAACUGAACGAUAAUUACAGGUCUUUAGAGGAAGUUAUAUCUUUGCCAAGUGAAAUGUUUUACGACGCAACUCUGGUAGCUAGAAUUGAUAGAACUCAACCUUGGAUAUCAAAAAUUAUUAGUGCUACUUGCGAAAUUUUUGAUUUAGAAAGUGCAGAAUCAGGUGGUAUAUUUGUACAUGGAGUUAGAGGUAUUAAUAGAAGAGCUGAAGACAGUCCGUCAUGGUAUAAUCCACAAGAGGCCUCAAUGAUAGCUUUGACUACUUGCAAACUGUUAAAGAGGGGUAUAACCACAGAUGAAAUAGGGAUUAUUACACCUUACAUAGCACAGAUAAAAUAUUUGAGGCUCUUAUUUGAAUCAAUGGGUUUGCCUCAACCGAAAAUUGGGACUGUUGAAGAAUUCCAAGGCCAGGAACGGCCUAUUAUUCUUAUAUCUACUGUUAGAUCUACAGAUUCAUUGGUGGAAGAAGAUCAGAAGCACUGUUUGGGUUUUGUAAAGAAUCCGAAAAGACUGAAUGUUGCUUUAACUCGAGCCCAAGUGUCAGCUGUUCUCUUUUGCAAUCCUCAUCUUCUGUGUUUGGACUCUUUGUGGAAACGAGUAAUCGUAAAUUCCCUUAAAGAAGACAAAUAUUUGGGAUGUGAUAUUCCUGCCUAUGUUUUAAAUAAUUCAUAA